CCUGUCAGAGCUCUUCUGGAGAUAUUACAGGGGACCCAGUCCGCAGCGACAGGCACAAAGUCACAGGGUAAUGAACUUCGGGGACCCUUCGCCGUUGCGUGAGCGACUGUCCCCAGAAACCCGGACCUGGCCACCUCUUCCUACGGAAGAUCUAGCAGCAGUCUAGUUUCCCCACUUGGCGCCAGGUUCCUGCAGCGUGGAGCUCAUCUGCCUCAGAGACUGCGCUUGUGGUUUUCGUCUUUCCUUAGAAGACCAGCGGUCUGUAAAGAUCUGCCCACCCUCUGCAUGCCUAUGUAGAGGGAGAGAUUGAAAACCGAGUGACAGGAAUGGGGAAAGAGAGGGCUUUUGCCCUUUUGGCUCCAUAGGAAGACUGUUUUCGUGUCUCCAUCUCUGUCCUUCAAUACCCCCCUCCUUGUGCUGUCCUCCCUUUUCUCCAGCCUGCCUGUCCAUCUCUCCAUCUGUCUGUUCAUGCGUGUGUCCACAUCAAGCAGCAUUCCCAGCAGUUGCGGUUUUGCAAGAGCGGGGAACAAACUUAAGGAUGCUUAAAUUUCCACUCUGGAACGAAUUCUGAGCGCCCAGAGAGCAGGGCAGAGCGCGACCAGCAUCCACCUGUCCGGCCCGGGAGCCCUGCAGGCUGGAGGUCGGCUGGAGAGCUGCGGCGGCGGGCAGCGAGGCGGUCGCUGCUGGCCGGGACUCUGGCAGUGCCCACCAACCGCUCCGCCCCGGGACCGCCAGCAUGAGCAAGCCCGCCGGAUCAACAAGCCGCAUUUUAGACAUCCCCUGCAAAGUGUGUGGUGACCGAAGCUCAGGGAAGCACUACGGGGUCUACGCUUGCGAUGGCUGCUCAGGGUUUUUCAAGCGGAGUAUUCGAAGGAACAGGACGUAUGUCUGCAAGUCCGGAAACCAGGGAGGCUGCCCGGUAGACAAGACACACAGAAACCAGUGCAGGGCGUGUCGGCUGAAGAAGUGUUUGGAAGUCAACAUGAACAAAGAUGCGGUGCAGCACGAGCGGGGGCCUCGGACGUCCACCAUCCGCAAACAGGUGGCCCUCUACUUCCGCGGUCACAAGGAGGAGAACGGGGCAGCGGCGCACUUCCCCUCCGCCGCGCUACCGGCUCCAGCCUUCUUUACAGCAGUCACACAGCUGGAACCACACGGCCUGGAACUGGCCACUGUGUCUGCCACCCCUGAGCGGCAGACCCUCGUGAGCCUGGCUCAGCCCACGCCUAAGUAUCCCCAUGAAGUGAAUGGGACCCCAAUGUAUCUCUAUGAAGUGGCCACUGAGUCGGUGUGUGAAUCAGCAGCCAGGCUUCUCUUUAUGAGCAUCAAGUGGGCAAAGAGUGUGCCAGCCUUUUCCACAUUGUCUUUGCAAGACCAGCUGAUGCUUUUGGAAGAUGCUUGGAGAGAACUGUUUGUUCUAGGAAUAGCACAAUGGGCCAUUCCGGUUGAUGCUAACACUCUACUGGCUGUAUCUGGCAUGAAUAGUGACAACACAGAUUCUCAGAAGCUCAGCAAGAUCAUAUCUGAAAUACAGGCUUUGCAAGAGGUUGUAGCUCGGUUUAGACAGCUCCGGCUAGAUGCUACGGAAUUUGCCUGUCUGAAAUGCAUUGUCACUUUCAAAGCUGUUCCUACACACAGUGGUUCUGAACUUCGAAGUUUCCGGAAUGCUGCCGCCAUUGCAGCUCUUCAAGAUGAGGCUCAGCUCACUCUCAACAGCUACAUCCAUACCAGAUAUCCCACCCAACCUUGCCGUUUUGGGAAACUCCUGUUGCUUUUGCCAGCUUUACGUUCUAUUAGUCCGUCCACCAUAGAAGAAGUAUUUUUCAAAAAAACCAUUGGCAAUGUGCCAAUUACAAGACUGCUUUCAGACAUGUAUAAAUCCAGUGAUAUCUAAGCUCUCUAGGUACCCACUUUUCAAGAUGGGGCAGUAUCAAAUGAACUCCUACCCUUGCAGGACAAGCCUCAACUAACAAACCCUUCAGGAAGCAGAAACCUGGGAACGUGUAGCCUUCAGGAAAACAUGCUGGCGGACACAAAAACAAUAGUUAUGGCCUGCUGCUCCACUGGGGUAGGGCAGCUGGAAGGUGAGGUGGUCGAGCAGGACCACCUGAUGGGAAGUCACUGCUGCCGUGCCCUGGGAGGGGCAAACUGGGGGUCACCACAGACUGAGCCAUUCUGCCUGUGGCCUGGAAGAUCCCGCUGAACUAUCAAAAGUUGAAAGACAAGUUGUGUUUUCUUUUCCUUUUUAGCACAUGAAGUCAGUUGACCAACUAUAGCUCUGUGUAUAACAUCAUAUUGCGGCCUUUAGAACUAUGCUGUGUUGGGGCAUUUAUUUUAAAAAAUAAUGGUUAGGUUUUAAAUCAAAAAUAUUAUCAAAAUUUCCCUUCUAUCGUAAUAAUUCAUUAAGUGGCCUUCAGAACCAAGCGAGCCAGUGAAAAGUAGCUUGUGCCAUGUGGUUUCCUCUUCCUGUCUCCCCUUUCCCUAUCUUUUCCUGUUCUUUCUCCUCCUUCUUUUCUUAAUACCAUAGGCCAGACAACCUUGUCAAAGGAAUUAGUGAACAAAAAUGAGAUUCUCACCAAGCCUUUAGGUUAAAUAACAUCUCAAAAACAGAAGAGCUUUACUAAAAGAACCCAAGUAGAGGGAGGAUGAGUCAAAACAGCAAAACCAAAUAAAGUGGAGAUGAGUGAUUGGGUGAGCAGGUCGCUGUCCGUCAACACAGUGCUGAAACCAAAGGCAAUGGGUUCCAACUCAUGGGUCAGUGAGUCACAACAGAUGGCACAUGAACAGAGAUGCAAGCCGGAAGGAACUUCAAGGGAAUAAAUGCUAAAUGGUUUCCUGACUGAUCCAUUGCUAACAGCCUGAGACUCUUGAAUGCCUUCAGAAAACCCUGGUUUCUAGUAAAGCCUUGAAUGCACGCACACACAUAAGCAUGCACAUCUACACACACAUGCACAUGUGUACACACAUGUAUACACACAUGCACACACAUGCAUACACUCACACCACACCGUCCUACACUAUAAGCUGCUCCUUUGGUAUGAAUCUAUGCUUAUGGAUAUGUAGAAACGAACACUUUUAAAUAGCUGCUGUACUUUUCACACUUUGAUUUAUUAGAUACUAGUACUGAGGGAAAAAAUUCAGCACUUGGACUGUUAUAGGAUGAGUAAAACUUCUCUUGUACAAAGUGAAUUAACUGAUUUGUGAAGUUAAAAGGUUGUACUCAUUGUAUUUA